AGUCAAUCAUCAUAGUCCAUAGUAACCCAUCAUAACCCCUUUUCUACCUCUCUUAUAUUAAGAAGCCUCCCGGAGCUCCUAUAUACAAUCACUCCGUAACUCGGUAGAAGUUCCAGUUGCUUGAACCUCUGGUCUUUGCUCGAUGUCUUCCUUCAUCCCUCUUAACGUAUACCCAGAUUCCGACAGCGAUGGAGAAGCCGAUAAUACUCGAGAAAUUCAAAUCGAAGAGGCUCUGAAGCUUUACCAACGGGCACUCAAAUUACAUACCGAUGGCGAAUGGGAAGAUGCACAUAAUGCUUAUAACGAGCUGUUUGGAGCAAGUUCAUGGAAGGGGCUCGGCUUCUGGGUCCUCGUUACCUCUUGUUUUGUAUCUGGCAUACAAGAAUCACGGUGCUUUCAAACUGGACAGAUUAAAAGCUAGCGGAGUUGAAGCUGGGUCAGAGUUUGGGCUUACAAUUCAACAGGCACUAGACUGGUUUUCUACAGCACUCGGAAGGGAUGCAGGAGAUUCUUCUCUGUGGCGUAAGGUUGCUCAACUGUCGUUAGCGAUUGAUUCCUCCCGCCUCACCCGGUUUGCAUUAGAGUCAGUCCUGGACCACGAAACCGUCGGUGCAGAUUCGGGAAAUGAUACCCUUGCACUUGUGAUAGGGGGAAUCCCUAAUCCGGAGGAAUACCUUGCCACUAUACAACUUAGGGAUGUCCUCAGGAAGAUUUGCGAUACGGCAGUUCUCGAGAGCGACAAAAUCAAACAUCUGUCAAAGCAAAAACUACACCCACGAUUCCAGAAAUACACAAACCCGUACCCUUGGAUUCCUCUUCCGAAGGAGGAAGAUACAAGAACUCUUGGAGAUGUUCUGCAAAAAAUAACAAUAAAUAAGCAGACAGCCGAGGCUAGAUUAAGAACAUGGCCGGCAGUCGGUAAUGCGAUACUGUCUCAGAUAUCUAGCGAUGACAUUUCGGCGCAAGCCCUCAAUGCAUCAUCGUGUUUGCAAAUCAUUAUCCCUAUUCUAGAGGGAGAGGACAUUUCUCGAGAAACCACUCCUGAUGAGCCUACUCCUGGAUCUGGUGGAAAAUCGGAAACAGCAACCGCCGAAGAAAACGAAGAUACGGCCAUGACUGAUGCCUCUGCUGUGGAGCCUGUACCCCCACCCGUUGUUGGACGGCGUCGAAGUGGCUCUGCAACUCGAAAACGUAAGUCUGCUUCGUUAGGCGCAGAUGGUGGGGAUGGAGGGAGGUCAAGGUUGAGCAAGAGACAGCGCGAUAAGAAGGAGGCAGACGCCGCAGCCGCGGCUGCGGCCGCGGCAGCUCCUGAGUCCAGGCAAAAGGUUCGGCAGGAAACGCAGAAUGAAAAGCUGUUUAACACUGCCGAUGAAUGCUUUUCCCCUCUUGGUGUUUCAUUAGGAACUGCCUCAAGCUUGAUGCCCAAGACGAGCAGCAGUAGUGGCGAAAACAACGGAGCGAAAGAGGAUCUAUAUCUCGACGACUUCAAAAAGAUAUUACAGGACUGGGAUGACGAUAAGGGAAAUGUCCUAUUAUAUGGAGAUGGUAUACAAUCCCCCGAUGGAGCUGCUCAAGGGAUGGCCUUUCUGGACCUAGAAGCCAAUGUCCCAUCUCGACCUGUUUUAUCUGGGGACGAAAAUCUUAGAAAAUGGGUCAACUCUGUCAAUGCCCGUGGAUUGAGUCCGUUGGAGGCAGGCUUUGAGUGGCUGAAAGCCCUAUGCAUGCGGGAUGUCCCCAACUUACGGAAAGCCAGGAGGAUCCGGGGGUCAUUAGGAACAUCAACAGCUAGCAGCUGGGUCCGGCAUAGCUGGCCAGAGCCCUUGAAAGAGGUUGUAGCCGCAAUGGCUAAUAUGUGCGAGGAGAUGUGCUGGGGUUACUUCAAGGGAUACCUGGAAGACUUUGCAGCUAAUCCCCACCAAUUUGGAGAUGAUGAUUACGCCAGAAUCGAGUGGGCCCAAACCAUGUUCGAAAUAUAUCUUGGUGACUUGGCGGCAAGAGAGCGGCAAAAGAGCGGUGCUGAACUCUCAGUCCGGGGAGAAGAGGAACUGGAGAUCAGAAGGGAGAAGGCAAAGAGAUGGAGUUUCCUAGUCAGAGAUCUGAUGUAUUGUCGUCCAAAAGGUAGCGAUGGCAUUCUGGAGGAUCAAUUGACCAUGAGAUGUCUUUGGGCUAUUGCAGUUUUCACGGCAUUUACCGGUGUUUCUAGAGAGUUCAGGUUGGAAUGCUUUGGCGAUUUGAAGGGUGUUAUGUCCAACAAUAAGCUCCACUCAAUUGAGCUUCCCAACAGCUCCAUCAUGCCAGAAAUCUCUGCCCUGAGGGCCGAGCGGGAAAUCAGUAAGCUUAAGACUGUUGAUUUCUUUACAUCUAUAUUUCAAGUCACGGCCGAUAUAGGGGGUGCAGCAAAUGACCCCUAUGAGGUUAUCGAAAUUCUUGAAGCCGUAUUGGAACCCGGUGUUGGUAGCCCGUACGACGAGCAAGAACGCAGGAUACUCGAUGAAAUAACCAGAUUUCUCGAAGGAUCCAGUGCAAUGUUUAGGUUGCACCUCUGGGAGAAGCUCAAAGUAGCUCACGAAAAAGCAGGUCAUCGCCAAAAAGUCCUUUCUUGUGUAUUGAGAUCGUUAGAGGUUGUGGUUGGCGAUUUGAAAAGUAGGAGUUACCUCGAAUCUUCGGAGGACCAUCGCCACUUUGUUCUACUGCGGUCAUUACGUCUCGUGGAAGAGAUGUUGCCCGUAAUUUUGGGACUCGUCUCUGGGGGUGAAGGAUUGGUGAAUCUGUCUGGAAUUGAUCGAGAUGGGCUGGUGGACUCGAUGAAGUCAAUGGCUAUCUUGCUGAGACUUUUACAUUGCUACGCUUUUUGGGAGAGUGCUGUUCUCAACCAUGAGAUCUCGGCUAGCAACCUACAUUCUUACCGCCUGGUCGUAGUAAAAUUUAGGGAAAUGAUCGUACGAGCUUGGGUAGUGAUGUACUCAAUUUAUAAAGAAACAGCGGACAGAGGGAUGGGUAACGACAACCUCGAUUUAGAGGAAGGUGAAAAGGAGGAACGAUUGGCAACCCUCCUAAGGGACAUGCAUCAAGAGCUUGGAGGCAGAAAUUACUGCCGGCUGUCAGAUCAUGCGUUACUGAGACUAACCCAUGAUGAACUUCUGAGACUCGAUCUUCGAGAUUUUGAUCACGAUCUGUUGCAGUGCAUUUUCUGUCGAUUUCAUCUUGCUAUAUACUCUGAUCAGGUUGUUUUCAACGACCACAAGACAGAUCCAGAGCCCUUCGACAAAGCGACGGCAAUGCAGUUGAUGGAUUUCAUCCUCCUCUUAGCAUCCCAAAAGAAAGAUAUGCAGCUACACAAAUCAGACUUGAAAGGUGCCUUAGAGAAGCUUUUCGAUGUUCUCGGCCCUCCCAGAAAGUCCUCGAACAAUAAGAUCGUCCUCAAUGAAUCAGUGAUAGAUCGGUACCUUCGCAGCUCCAUAAAUCCCCUCAGGUUGUUCAGCAGCCUGAAAGGCGAGGGUUCGCUCAACACCACCGAAGUGAGUGGCCUGCAUGCCCGAGUAGCAGCAAAGGGCCUCUACUUUACUCUUGGGAAGAUCUACCUCUUUCCCAUCAAACACCAGAAGCGAGUUGGAUCAAUAAAACCUGAUGAUGUGGAAAAUGCGGUGAGGUUCUUUAAGUAUGAUCUAGUGUGCAAUGCCAAUAAAUGGGAGACCUGGUAUCGACUGGGUCAGACUUAUGAAGCCCAAAUGGAGGACGGUCAGACCUGGAGUGCUGAACAGAUUAACACUAGGAGAGGGGAGCUUGCUGCGCUAGAACGAAAAGCAAUACUAUGUUAUAUGAAGACAUUAUCGCUUGCUAUUCAGAACGAAUGCAUCGAAGGCUUGGGAUGCGCGAAAACUCUGUCUACGCUCUUUGCUGAUUUUGGCACAAGGGUCUACUCUUCCCUUAGAGCUCCAAUGGAGAUGGAAGCGUUCUCGAUGGAAGGGUUUGAUAGGCAUUUUUCGGGGACACGCGGAGAAGGUGUAUACAAAGGCCCCGCGCACAAGGGUCUAUCACUCACCAAGGGGCUGAAACUCGCCAUGGCACUAUUCAAAAAGUCUUUGCAGCAGGCCCCUGAUAAUUGGAAAGCGUAUUAUAUGAUCGGAAAGUGUAUGGGCAAACUUCUGAAGAAAGCUGACAUGUAUACCGCAGAAGAAGUCUUGGGAAAAUACGUCCAGGCAAUCAAACACUGCCCCGAGAAGGUCGGCAGUGAUCAUAUCUUUGAGCCUCACCAUAGGCUGGUCUCAAGUACUUGCAAAUACGUUUUACAGGGCUUUGUGACGCCCGAGCGAGCGUGCGAAAUACUACAGGUCUCGCAUUUUACGAAAAAGAUGCAGCCUGUCGAGGACCGUGGAUCCUUUGUUAAGUAUAUUCUAGAGGUCCUAAGGAGGAUGCGAACGGCGGACAAACCGAAAUGGCAUCACCGCAUGACAAACAGGGCAGGGAAACUUAAGUACUCCGAGUUGGGUGACGUUGCUGGGGCAAAGGCUGAAAUUUCUUGUCUCUUUUCGAAUAAGUCAGUCAGCCUAAGCAUUUGGAAGCCCGAAAAUGAGAGAACCGGCAGACAUUUUGUAUAUGCCUCAAAAUACACCAUGUUCUACGUCGACCUACUAGAAAAGUUAGACGAUCGGACCACAUUAGAAGCCGUAACGAAGAGGGUGCGCAAAGGAACCACAGGCUUCUUCCGUCAUGCCGAAGUCUGGCUACACGUUUUCUUAGCCUACAUGCGAGUUCUCCGGCGAACCGGCAACAUACCGGAACAGAGCGACGAAGAAGUCUUCAAAAACGUCUCAUACGAUGAGUUCAAUGCCUGUAGCACCCGCCUAGAUGCCUACUGCAACCUCAUCACAACCACAUCUUCGACUCUUGACCUCCUGCGAGAAGUCUUUGAGCUCCGCCGCCUAAACGCGGGUCUCGCUAGAACUCCUCUAAUAGACGAUCUCCUCUCGGACUCCUAUGCAAAGCUAUACAUGGAGCUAGUCCCUGAAGUCCUAAAGCAAAACACUAUGCAAAAGGAAGAACUCGAGGCCCGUGCAAACCCGAUGUCACUCAAGAACCUGAUUUUUGAGGAGCAGCCGUCCGCAGACACCAACGCUGUGAAUCUGGCUGCCGCACACUCCAAAUUGGACGAUCUGCCCAUUAGAGGGAAGAUGACCAGGGUUACAAAGAGGGAAUUGAUUUCCAAAGCGUGUAAUCUUUGCAAGUUCGUUACCACUGUGUCCACAAGUGGGAAAACUAUCGCUGCGCCGACCACCCAGCCUUCAAGUCCCAAAGCCAGAAACGCCCUCCCCCCCCGACAAGACGGCGGUUCCCCCGAGGACACGCCAAUGGGUAGUCCAAACGAAGGACCACAAGACAGCGCCGAGGAAGUUGGAUCGGACCUUGAUAUCUCUGGAAUGCGGAUGGACGACGAAUAGAAGACUCCUCGCUCUCCCCGUUCCCUCCUAUUUUCUUUCCUUCUUCCAAGCAGGAGGCGGAGAAUGCCCGCUCCUUCCCGUACCAUAACUUAAUUACUAGCUUAGUCAAAUAGUAUAUAGAGAGGCGUUGCCUCACUUUUAUCUUUCCACUUAAUAGUUUGCAUUAUAGUCUACUCUAGAGUAUUUUUUCUUUCCUUUUCCCCUGCUCUCUUUGCAUUGCAUUGUUUUGUCGGGGUAUGGGAGGGAGAGUCUGGUGGGAUUUGACUUUGUGGUGGAUGUUAUCAAAAAUUAUCUAAGAUGUCA